GUAUUUUAGUAAAUUGACGUUCUGCUUCCUUUAUUAUUACAACCUUUAAAUAAAUGAAAUUGAAACCUCCAUUUUCAUUUUCAAUCCUCAGAAGCAGCAGCUACUUGAGAGAAACGUAAGCCGUUUUUCGUCCGUUUAAGCAAAUUGCAAAGCAAAAGGGGAGAAAAAGCAAUCACUUUUACAGGCGGAAGCGUAAAUCCUUUCGAAACGCAGAGAAGAAGAAGAAGAGGCCGAGCUCCGGAUAUCUAAGGUCUGCCGAUUCUCUGUUCCAUACAAGUUAUAAUAACAAGAAGUUCCUUUUCCAAAUCAUUAAAAUCAAAUGGGUUCAAUCGGUGAACCGGAUCCGGAAAUAAACCGAACCAAACCCCCGGGAAUCCGUUUCAUAGAGUCCGUAAAACGGUCGCCGAUUUCAUACAAGACCCAUCAAGUCAUUGUCCUGAUAGUAACUUUCUUCGCAUACUUAUCCUACCACGCCACUCGAAAAACCACAAGCAUAGUCAAGAGCGCCCUCGACCCGCAAUCUCCCGACACGAACCUGAAAUCGCCCUUCUCGUGGAGAACCGCGUACUCCCACAAGCCACUAGAAGCUACUAGAAACUCGUGGGUGCUCGGAUCUGGGUGGGCCCCGUUCAACGGCUCGGACGGGACGGCAUUGCUCGGCGAGCUCGACGUGUCUUUCCUUUUCGUGUACGCAAUGGGAAUGUACUUCUCGGGACACGUGGGCGAUAGAAUGGAUUUAAGGAAGUUUCUGACCAUAGGAAUGGUGGGGACCGGAUUAUUUACCGUCCUCUUCGGAGUUGGAUAUUGGGCGAAUAUCCAUUUCUUUUAUUACUAUUUAAUCGUCCAAAUGCUCGCCGGAUUGUUCCAAUCCACCGGAUGGCCGUCAGUGGUUGCGGUUGUCGGAAAUUGGUUCGGGAAAAGGAAGAGAGGCCUUAUAAUGGGUAUUUGGAACGCUCAUACGUCCCUCGGCAAUAUUACGGGCUCUGUUGUUGCUUCGGUUUUGUUGAAGUACGGAUGGGGUUGGUCAAUGGUGGUCCCCGGUUUGGGUAUUGCGUUUGUCGGUGUUAUGUUGUUUUGCUUCUUACCGGUUAGCCCCGAUGCGGUUGGAGCUAGUGUGGACGAUGAUGAUGAGGAUGAGUUGAAGAAAGAAGGUGGGGAAAUUACGGAACCUUUGUUGAGAGCAAAGUCCGACGAUAGGGGCGCCGUAGGGUUUCUAGAAGCUUGGAGAAUCCCCGGGGUUGCGCCGUUUUCGCUAUGUCUUUUCUUCUCGAAAUUGGUCGCCUAUACGUUUCUCUAUUGGCUUCCGUUCUAUAUUAGCCACACUGCUAUCGAAGGGAGAUACUUAUCGAACGAAGAAGCCGGGAAUCUAUCCACACUAUUCGAUGUCGGAGGUGUGGUCGGAGGAAUCUUAGCGGGCCACAUUUCGGACCGUCUAAACGCGAGGGCAAUAACGGCAGCAAGUUUCAUGUACUGCGCUAUACCGGCUCUCUUCUUCUACAGAAACUACGGCCACGUUUCCAUGACGCUAAACAUCAUACUCAUGUUGAUAACGGGGAUGUUUGUGAACGGGCCCUACGCACUUAUCACGACAGCUGUCUCGGCAGAUCUCGGGACCCACAGCUCGUUGAAGGGCAACCCGCGGGCCUUGGCUACUGUGACUGCUAUUAUUGACGGAACGGGCUCGAUCGGGGCUGCUAUCGGGCCUUUGCUUACGGGCUAUAUUUCGGCCAAGAGCUGGAGUGCGGUAUUUACGAUGCUGAUGGGGGCGGCUCUUGUGGCGGGGUUGCUUCUGACUAGGCUGGUUGUUGCUGAGGUGGCGGCGAAGAUUCGGGGGCCGGAGGAAUGUUCUAGAACGAGGCCGGCUCGUGUGGUGGAAGUAUGAUUUGCUCUGUAAUGCAGGAAAAGAAGGCGGUUUUAUUAAUCCUUCGUGAUCCGAAAAUUCUGAUGGGAUCAACUGCUGCUGAUUCUUGUAAUUGUAAAACAUGGCAUUAUUGUAAAUUGUUGUAUGCAUAUGGGAUUUUAUUCUUUAUCCCCACCAAGAAAUGGCUUUUUAGAGGAACUUGUUAUAAAAAUUCUGCAGAUUUUAUCA